AUGUCGAACAUCAGCAACACAUCGGUUACAAUCAGCGUAACCUGGGGUUUCACCCCCAUCAGCGAGCUGGUCUUGAUGCCUUUCUCCCUGCUCUUCAAUGGGCUGGUUCUUCUGGCGUUUCUCCUCAAUCCGCAGCUCCACAUUCCCUUCAACUUCUACCUCGCCAAUCUGGUGCUGACGAAUUUCGUGUACACUCUCAUCGAAAUCCCGCUGGACAUCGUCAACGGCCUGUAUUCCGUGUGGUGGAUGGGGCCAGCGGUGUGCGACCUUUAUCAGUAUCUCAACUACGUCUUCAGCGGGACGAUUGUCAACACGCACAUGCUCAUCACCGUCAACCGCAUCUGGGCGCUGACCUUUCCGCACUCCUAUACGCACAUGCAUACGAAACGCACCGCGCUGGUUGGCUGCGCCAUGGUCUGGGUGUACGUGCACGCCGCCUGCCUCCCGGGUUUGAUUCUUAACACUAGAGUUCGUCUACCACUGGACAGCAGUGGUUGCCAAUUGAAUUAUGAACACCUCUUUGCGUGGAACGUUUUUGUGGAGUUUGUGGUGUUUGUCCUCCCGCAGUGUCUGAUUACGGUGGCGUAUCCGCAUCUGCUGUGUCAGCGUCGCCAGCAGCGUCUGGUACGCUCGGCCAUGGACGGUCCGACGCUGCAGGAGAUCACGACGGGGCCGAUGACCAAGAACGGCGGCCGGCAGCGGGAUAACAAGAAAGCGUUCGGCGUGCUGACGGUUAGUACGCUGAGUGUGACGCUGACGUGGACGCCCGGGAGUGUGUAUUAUGGGAUGAGCUGUUUCAUGGAUGUCAGUUAUAUGCCGGUGUACUUUCUUAUCUCGUCGUUUUUGUUUCUGGUACAGACGGUCAUGGAUCCGAUUCUGUUUAUGAUGGUGUUGGGGGAUUUGCGCGUGGCGGUCUGGCAAAUUGUGAAGAAAGUACAUUUUUGGUGUUUGAGAAUGAGCUGA